AUGUAGCGGGGCGCGGAGGCCGGCUCUCGCAACUCAAGAUGGCGGACGAGAGUGAUACAGCAGUGAAGCCGCCGGUACCUCCGCUGCCGCAGAUGAUGGAAGGGAACGGAAACGGCCAUGAGCAUUGCAGCGAUUGCGAGAACGAGGAGGACAACAGCUACAACCGGGGUGGUUUGAGUCCAGCCAAUGACACUGGAGCCAAAAAGAAGAAAAAGAAACAAAAAAAGAAGAAAGAGAAAGGCAGUGAGACAGAUUCAGCCCAGGAUCAGCCUGUGAAGAUGAACUCUUUGCCAGCAGAGAGGAUCCAGGAAAUACAGAAGGCCAUUGAACUUUUUUCGGUAGGUCAGGGACCUGCGAAAACCAUGGAGGAGGCUAGCAAGCGAAGCUACCAGUUCUGGGACACGCAGCCCGUCCCCAAACUGGGGGAAGUCGUGAACACACAUGGCCCCGUGGAGCCUGACAAAGACAACAUCCGCCAGGAACCCUACACGCUGCCCCAGGACUUCACCUGGGAUGCCCUGGACCUGGGGGACCGUGGUGUGCUGAAAGAACUCUACACGCUCCUGAACGAGAAUUAUGUGGAAGAUGAUGACAACAUGUUCCGAUUUGAUUAUUCUCCCGAAUUUCUUUUGUGGGCUCUCCGGCCGCCUGGCUGGCUCCCCCAGUGGCACUGUGGGGUUCGAGUGGUCUCGAGUCGGAAACUGGUUGGGUUCAUCAGCGCCAUCCCGGCAAACAUCCAUAUCUAUGACACAGAGAAGAAGAUGGUAGAGAUCAACUUCCUGUGUGUCCACAAGAAGCUGCGUUCCAAGAGGGUGGCUCCAGUCCUGAUCCGUGAGAUAACCCGGCGGGUGCACCUGGAGGGCAUCUUCCAAGCUGUUUACACUGCCGGGGUGGUAUUACCAAAGCCUGUUGGCACCUGCAGGUACUGGCAUCGGUCCCUAAACCCCCGGAAGCUGAUUGAAGUGAAGUUCUCCCACUUGAGCAGAAAUAUGACCAUGCAACGCACCAUGAAGCUCUACCGACUUCCAGAGACUCCCAAGACAGCUGGGCUGCGACCAAUGGAGAAGAAAGAUAUUGCAGUCGUGCACCAGCUUCUCACCCAGUACCUGCAGCAGUUUCACCUCACGCCAGUCAUGAGCCAAGAGGAGGUGGAACACUGGUUCUACCCCCAGGAGAAUAUCAUCGACACCUUUGUGGUGGAGAAUGCAAACGGUGAGGUGACCGACUUCCUGAGCUUUUAUACACUUCCGUCCACCAUCAUGAAUCACCCGACCCACAAGAGUCUAAAGGCUGCUUAUUCUUUCUACAACGUCCACACCCAGACCCCGCUUCUAGACCUCAUGAGCGACGCCCUCGUCCUCGCCAAAAUGAAAGGGUUUGACGUAUUCAAUGCACUGGAUCUCAUGGAGAACAAAACCUUCCUGGAGAAGCUCAAGUUUGGCAUAGGGGACGGCAACCUACAGUAUUACCUUUACAAUUGGAAGUGCCCCAGCAUGGGGGCAGAGAAGGUUGGGCUGGUGUUACAGUAACCAGUUGCCAGUGAGAUUCUGGAUAAAGCCACUGAGAAUUCAAACCAGGAAAUGGAGCCCCACCACUUGUUGGUCCAGUUUUCACAAACGUGAGAAUCCCUGGCAAAGGGACCAGAACUGAACUGGCUUUACAAACCGCCACUGAACUUGAUGAUUGUAUUGCAAUGGCGUAGGCUGCGUGAUGUCACCUCUGGCCGUGUCUCUGGUCUCCCUGUUUUCCAAUUAAUCACAUCAUUUUUGUUUGUUUGUUUGUUUGUUUGUUUGCGGUACGUGGGCCUCUCACUGUUGUGGCCUCUCCCGUUGCGGAGCACAGGCUCCGGACGCGCAGGCUCAGCGGCCAUGGCUCGUGGGCCCAGCCGCUCCGCGGCAUGUGGGAUCUUCCCGGACCGGGGCACGAACCCGUGUCCCCUGCAUCGGCAGGCGGACCCUCAACCACUGCGCCACCAGGGAAGCCCUAAUCACAUCAUUAUGCAGCCGUGAUCAAGGGAAUGUAACUGCUGAAAACUAGCUCGUGAUUGGCAUAUUAUGGAAUUAACGGGUGAAUAAUAAAAGUAUAUAUAUAUUA